AUGGCCCCCACAAACCUUUCUCAUCGACAGACGCAUAAUUUACUUUUGAUUUCGAAGCUUCUCAGUCUAAGAGAUACUGCGUCACCCCUCACUCUCCUCCUCGAUUCCCUAGAACAACCAGCCACGCCAUUGGUCAAGGAAUAUCUACGACGUGCGAAACUAUCGAAAGCCCAUGUCACAUUUGUUGCUUUCGAGACAUUGAAGCGACCAGAAGGCGUGGAUAUCUUCGUCUCAGCUCGACGAAAAAGCCCAUUAGAUAUUGCCAAGGAAGUUGGUGCUGGUUACCAGGCAGUAUCAAACAACCCCUCGCGUCGACGAGUUGUUAUCAUCGACUCUAUCAAUCCUCUUUUGGGUUCCAAGAAUAUUGACCCGAACUUCCACCUGCCGACCUUCCUAAGCUCAUUCCUUGUCCCCGCCAGUCCCUCAGCACCCAAGGUGGACUCAUCACUCGUCGUGACCUACCACCAGGAUGUUCCAAGCUUUCCGAGCCAGCAGCCAUACACACCAUCGUAUUUUUCUCUACUCACUUAUCUCGCUACGACAAUCAUUACACUCCACUCUUUCUCUCACAUUCUCGCUCAAAAGGCCGCUCGCGAUCGCAGUCUCGCUGCCCCCGUCUUCGGACUCGAGGAAGAACAGGAUGGUGUGAUUUUGGGGAGACUAGACUCAGUUGGGAACCAAGCAGCAGAAGGAAUCGCCCUCGAGAUGGAGCACCGAAGAAAGAGCGGCCGCGGGGUGUUGGAAUGGUACUUUCUCCCACCCGCCUGGAAAUAUCCGCCUCAGCAAAUGAAAGAGAUUGUGACGCUAUUGGACGACCACCCCUUGUAUCGUCCACCCGAAGAACCGGAUACUGGAGCCGGCGAUGAGGAGCCAGAGUCGACAUUUGAGCUACGCCUCACUGACAGGCAAAGGCGUGACAGAGAAGGUGUGGUCUUGCCAUACUUUGAUGCACAGAAGGGCGAUGGUCCUGGUGAAGGUGGGCGAAUUUUAUAUGACAUGGGUGAGGAGGAUGAUUUCGACGAGGAAGAAGAUGAGAUAUAA